ACAAAUAUUUCUCAUAUACUGGUUUAAAUUUUUGAUUUAAAAUAUCAAUGAUUGCAUUGCGAAUAAAAAUAGCAAGUAUCAUUCUCAAAAUUUGUUGCAAGGUGGCAACUCUAAAUCACAGAUGUUUUGAAUUGUUGGUGUUGUUGCGAAACAAGGUGCAAUCAUAAGUACAUAUUUUGCUAUACACUUUCCCCAACAAUAGCUACAUCGAUCGGUCCUAUGUUUGUCAGGCGAACGUAUCUAACUCUUUCCACCAGCCGCAAAUCGAUUUUUGCGGUAACAGCUGAUCUGAAUCGAGCGUACGCGAAUUGAAUAAAUAAACCUAUAUUAAUAACAUAAUAAAACGUAUUUUGUUAUUGUUUGUCGUUGUCAUUUUGCAAUACACAGCAGCGGCAUAUCUUGCAGGAGCCACACAUUAUUUGGAUAUCGAUUUGUAUCAUCAGCAUCUGCGACUCCCAAGCCUAAAAUGACGGUGCAAGUGAAACCUGACGAAAUUAAACCAAUUAUUCGCAUAAACAACAUCGAGAAAUCGCAACAGGACACGCGCGAUUAUCGUGGACUUAAAUUGGAAAAUGGCCUCAAGGUAUUGCUCAUUUCCGAUCCGACAACUGACGUGUCCGCUGCUGCACUAUCCGUGCAGGUUGGUCACAUGUCAGACCCAGAGGAUUUGCCCGGAUUGGCGCAUUUCUGUGAGCACAUGCUCUUCCUGGGCACCGAGAAGUAUCCGCAUGAAAAUGGUUAUACAACCUACUUAUCGCAGAGCGGUGGUAGCAGCAAUGCGGCAACAUAUCCACUCAUGACCAAGUAUCAUUUCCACGUGGCUCCCGAUAAACUAGACGGUGCCUUAGAUCGUUUUGCGCAGUUCUUUAUUGCACCAUUGUUUACGUCCAGUGCAACGGAGCGUGAAAUAAAUGCAGUGAAUUCGGAGCAUGAGAAGAAUCUAUCGAGUGAUCUGUGGCGUAUCAAGCAAGUGCAGCGACAUUUAGCGAAACCGGGACAUGCGUACAACAAGUUUGGCAGCGGAAACAAGGCGACGCUCUCCGAAAUCCCCAAGACAAAGGGCAUCGAUGUGCGCGAUGAGCUGCUCAAGUUUCACAAACAAUGGUAUUCGGCCAACAUCAUGUGCCUGGCUGUCAUUGGCAAAGAAUCUCUGGACAAACUGGAGGAUAUGGUCAUUGAGAAGUUCUCCGAAAUCGAAAAUAAAAAUGUAAAGGUGCCGGAAUGGCCGCGGGAACCGUUUGCAGAUGAUCAGUAUGGUCAAAAGGUGAAGGUGGUGCCUAUUAAGGAUGUGCGCUCGCUUACCAUUAGCUUCACUACGGAUGAUCUAACGCAGUUCUAUAAAUCUGGCCCGGACAACUAUUUAACCCACCUUAUUGGACAUGAAGGCAAGGGCAGCAUUUUGUCGGAAUUGCGCAGACUCGGUUGGUGCAAUGAUCUUAUGGCCGGACAUCAGAACACACAGAAUGGUUUUGGUUUUUUUGACAUCGUAGUGGAUCUGACGCAGGAAGGUUUGGAGCAUGUUGACGAUAUUGUGAACAUAAUAUUUCAAUACUUAAGAAUGUUACGUCAAGAGGGACCCAAAAAAUGGAUUUUUGAUGAGUGUGUGAAACUGAACGAAAUGCGAUUUUGUUUCAAGGAGAAAGAGCAACCCGAGAACUUAGUCACGCACACCGUGUCGUCCAUGCAAAUAUUUCCAUUGGAGGAAGUUUUAAGCGCUCCCUAUUUAAGUAAUGAAUGGCGUCCCGAAUUAAUUUGUAAGCUGCUCGAAGAAUUGGUGCCCGAAAAAAGUAGAAUCUCUCUAGUUAGUCAGAGUUAUGAACAGUCCGUUGAUCAAGUUGAGCCCUAUUACAAGACGAAGUACGGGCUGGAGCGUAUACCAGAGGCUACAUUGAAGUGCUGGGGAAACUGUGAAGUCAACGAAAACCUACAAUUAUCACUGCCAAACAGUUUUAUACCAAGCAACUUUGACAUCGCUGAAGUUCCCAGUGAUGCGCCUAAGCAUCCCGAGAUUAUUAUGGACACGCCCAUUUUGCGUGUGUGGCACAAGCAGGACAAUCAGUUUAACAAGCCAAAAGCCUGCAUGACUUUCGACAUGUCCAAUCCGAUUGCCUACUUAGAUCCGCUGAAUUGCAAUUUAAACCACAUGAUGGUUAUGCUAAUCAAGGAUCAACUUAACGAAUACUUGUAUGAUGCGGAGCUGGCGAAUUUAAAGCUCAGCGUCAUUACCAAACCAUGUGGCAUUGAUUUUACCAUUCGUGGCUUUAAUGACAAGCAAGUUGUAUUGCUUGAAAAACUGUUGGAUCAUUUGUUUAACUUCAACAUUGACGAGAAGCGCUUUGACAUACUCAAGGAGGAACACAUUAGGUCGCUAAAGAACUUUAACGCUGAGCAGCCGUAUCAACAUUCCAUCUAUUAUCUGGCCCUGCUCCUUACGGAGAAUGCCUGGGCAAAUGUAGAACUUCUAGACGCUAUGGAGCUUGUGACCUACGAUCGCGUGCUGAACUUUGCUAAGGAGUUUUUCCAGCGUCUGCACACUGAAUGCUUUAUCUUUGGCAAUGUGACCAAGCAACAAGCAACCGAUAUCGCUGGACGCGUAAACAAACGUCUCGAGGAAACCAAUGCCACCAAAUUGCCCAUUUUAGCCCGACAAAUGCUCAAGAAACGAGAGUACAAAUUAUUGCCUGGCGAUAGCUAUCUGUUCGAAAAGGAAAACGAGUAUCACAUGAGCUCCUGCACACAGCUCUAUAUGCAGUGCGGGGCACAAACGGAUCACACAAAUAUUAUGGUCAAUUUGGUGUCGCAGGUACUGUCGGAACCUUGCUACGAUUGCUUACGCACAAAGGAACAACUGGGCUACAUUGUCUUCAGUGGCGUGCGCAAAGUGAAUGGAUCCAAUGGCAUACGCAUCAUUGUACAAUCCGCAAAACAUCCUUCAUUUGUUGAAGAUCGAAUCGAGAACUUCCUCGAGACGUAUUUGCAAGUUAUUGAGGACAUGCCGCAGGAUGAAUUCGAGCGCCAUAAAGAGGCUUUGAUCGUUAAAAAACUGGAGAAACCGAAGAAUAUAUUCCAGCAGUUUAGCCAAUUCUAUGGCGAAAUUGCGUUGCAAACGUAUCAUUUUGAGCGCGAAGAGGCCGAGGUCGCAAUUCUGCGUAAAAUAACAAAAUCUGAUUUUGUUGAUUACUUCAAGAGAUUUAUAGCAAAGGAUGGUGAUGAGCGAAGAGUUCUGUCGGUGCACAUUGUUUCCACACUUAAGGAUGCUAAUACUGCCACUGCAAGCGCAGCGGACUCGAAGGAUAAUGUCAGUGAGGUGACGAACAUGGAUCGUCAUAAGACAAUCAACGAUAUUGUUGCCUUUAAGUCUUGCAAAGAAUUGUAUCCCAUCGCAAUGCCUUUCCUGGACAUUAAGGCGAAGGGAGCACGCAGCAAACUUUAAAAGCCUGCAUCGCAAUUGUAAUUUUAACUGACCCCCCUUGUAUCCCCCUAUCUCUUAUUUUGCAUUUUAAAUGGUGUUUUGGUUGCUUUCAUUAAUUUUAAAUAACAGUUUUGAUUAUAUAGAAUCCCAAUCACAAAUAUAAAAUAACUUGUA